AUGGGCCACGUUCAAAGCGCUGAGGAUCAGGAAGUGGAGUUGUCCCAAAUCCAGUGUCUCUACAUGGCCUUCAUGAAAGAGUGUCCGAGUGGAGCCUUACAUCUCCAUGAAUUCCGAAAAAUAUUCGGGAUUCAAAGUUCCUCAGAAGAGGAGUGUCUGUACAUGGAGACCAUCUUCCGUUCGUUUGACACAAACAAGGAUAAUGUUAUAGACUUUAUGGAGUUUGUAGCUGCUGUACAUCUUGUUCUUCGAGGGAAACUGGAGGACAGACUGAAGUGGUCUUUCAAAGUUUACGACAGAGAUGAGAACGGAAAAUUAGACAGAAGUGAAGUCAAGCACAUAAUAAGGAUCAUUUACAAGAUAAACAAAACCAACACAGAUAUGACACCCAAUGAAGUAUGUGACAGGAUAUUUGAGCUUGUAGACCAAAAUAAAGACGGCCAGAUCUCUUUGUCUGAGUUCAUGGAAGGUGCACAGAAGGAUGAAUGGAUUAUGAAUAUACUCAAAUUGGACGUAAAUGCAAGCGGGUGGUUCAAAGAAAACUGGAGGUUUAACAAGUCCUGA